GAUUCCAUCUCGACUCAACUUCUCUCGACUCCAGCUACUCUCUUCCAGCGAGGUCAAUUGAUUCCAGCUCGAUUGUCUUAUUUUCUAGAACUAUUCUAUAGAUCCUCAUCCGCAGUGCCGUCGAUCUCCGCUGACUUCACAUCUCCCCGCUGCAAUCUAAUCUCUAUCUCCUAAAUGUCUCUCGAAUCCGCUCUAGAAGAGGAGCGCAUCGAGAUCCUCAAGCUUCUGCACAAGGACGAGGAUGCGCAGCCUCUGCAACUUCCGGUGCUUCCGCAGCGGGUCUCGCGAUCUGCCUCUCCCAUGCGCUUCGGACGGCACAAGUCAAAGUCCAAAUCACCCUCUGAGGCCGCUAACGGCGGUCUACCUGGUGUUCCGCCGGGAGGAAAGAUCACUCAAUCUGCGCUUGUGAAGAACUUUCAUAAUCUCUCACCAGCUGCUCAGGAGCUACUUCUCUCGACCUCUGCGGUUCCGGAAUUACUCAAGGCUUCCGCGGAGCCGAAACAAAGCUCGGAUCGCGAGCGAAGACCGUCUUCCUCUGCCCUAGAGGCUCCCAAGUCAAUGCUGCUUCCUUCUGCUGGUCCUGAGCUGGCUCCCUAUCCUUCUAUCCAUGGACCCACUAGUCACCCUGCCAAUCACCGUCGCGCUUCAUCAUUUGGAGCCGACGGAGGCCCGCUUCGGAAAUACAAGUCCGCCGACGACACGCAGCAGUCGGUUAUCGCCUAUCUGACCGAGUCCGGACCUGCACCUUCCCCUCCCACUCCCGGGUCUCCUCUGACGCCCACCUUUUCCUCAUCUACCUCUCGCUCACGCUCUCCUGCCGCACGCCGCAAAUCUUCGUCCGGCGCCCCGGUUGAGGAGGACUUUUCGACCGCGUACAGACGACUGUCACGAAAUGCGCUGCUCAAGGCCGGUAGCAAACUCGCUCCCGAUGCGCCAAAGAAUAUGGAAGACCGUCUAGAGAAAGACGAAGAGGACGAGGAUGGUGCUAUCGCGGACUCGUCUUCCUCAGACGAUCAAGACGAUGACUCUGAUUCCGGUUCUGAUAUCGAGGACACGGUCUCGCGACAGGCGGGUAUGCGCCGCGCACCGCAGAGUUUACUUGCGGCGAUGGAAGACGAGCGCAAGGCUGUUACCACCAGCAAGCGAUAUACCGUGCAAUCUCUGAUCACGGCUCCGCCGCCUUCUCAUAUCGAUGGCGCGUUCGCCAGCUACAAGCGGCAUCUCAUCCACCCCAAGACCGCUUUCGAUCUCGUCGACGACGCACUCAAGGAUUCGCCGUAUACUUCGGAUAAAGAAGAAGCUGCGGAUAUCCGCAAGGCGGUGAACAUGCCAGUCAAGGUCUCUGAUAUCGAGUCAAACCGGGCGGCGGGGCGCGUCCUGCGCACUAUCACCCGCGGUGAUUUCAAGAGCGUGAGCAGUGAUCCCUCUGUUAAAAAGCGGUCGUAUAUCGUCGCGACCGAUGCGUCUCCCGAGUCGAUGUACGCUCUUGAAUGGACGGUCGGCACCAUUCUUCGCGACGGUAAUAUCAUGUACGCUGUUUGCGCACUCGAGGAGCCCGAAGAAGGCGAAAAGCCCGAGAAAGGAGGUGCGCCGAUGGACGAGGCCGGUCGCGAGCAAGAACGGCUUUCGAUCGCGAAGGAGAUCUCGUCAAAUAUUGUGAAAUUGCUCAAGAAGACGCGACUUCAGGUCGAGUGCGUGGUCGAGGUGAUGCACUGCAAAUCUCCCAAGCACCUGAUUUGCGACGUGAUCGACUACCUUUCGCCCACGAUGGUCAUCUUGGGUUCCCGCGGACGCUCGGCGCUCAAGGGUAUUUUGCUCGGCAGUUUUUCGAAUUAUCUGGUGACGAAGAGUAGUGUCCCGGUCAUGGUUGCGCGAAGGAAGUUGAAGAAGUCGAAGCAUCAGACUAUACCUGCCAAGUUUUCAAAUAAUCUGAGAGAAGGAGUGUCAAGUCUGAGCAUGGCGAAGGUCGACUAAUGCUCUUUUAUUUUCUUUUUGUUAUUUCUGCAUUCUCCACUUUGUCUAUGUUUUGGUUCUCUUGGAUUUGUUGCGUUCAGUUAGUUGUCAUGUUCCGGCGUAUAGUAAAUCUUAUCAAACUA